AUGGACGAGUGGGGCUACAGUGUGGGGAUCCUGGGUGGUGGCAUGGGUGGGGGCGGAGUCGAUGGCAUGGAGGUGGGUGGGGCUGGAACCAUAGACAGACAGAAACAAAGAGCUGGGGAAGAAGAUAGAGAAACGGAGAGAGAGGGAGAUGAAGAGUACCUCAUUGGUGGUUCUGGUGGGUCACAUUGGUGGUUCGUCCUUGGAUGCUCCGACUGA